CCACUUUUAGAUGAACAAAACCCUCUCUCUUCCAAAACCCAAACCCUUGGCGGCUGUGUGUGCGUGCGUGGGCGUGUGAGACCCGUUGUAUCCCCCACUCCCUCUCUCCUAGGGUUUCCCUCUGUAUUUGUCCUCUAAAACCUCCCAAAAGCACUAUUGGGUUUUAGGGUUUUACCCGUCUGAGGAAGAUCUAUCCACUGAUACCGGUCAUGGCCACCGUUGCUCCUCCUGCAGAUCAAGCCACGGAUUUGCUACAGAAAUUGUCGUUGGACUCUCAAACCAAGACUCUGGAAAUUCCGGAGCCCACCAAGAAGCCUUCGGCUAAUCAAUAUGGGUCUGUUGAUUCGGGAAAUGCUACAAAUGGUCAGAUUCCAUCAUUUGAGCGCUCUGUGACUCCAUUACUACCUGAGUUCAUAGAUCCAUCCAUGUGUUAUGUUCCUAAUGGUUAUCCACAUACUGCCUAUUACUAUGGGGGCUAUGAUGGGACUGGUAGUGAUUGGGAUGAGUACUCGAGAUAUCUGAAUCCUGAUGGAGUGGAGAUGACUUCGGGAGUUUAUGGGGAUAACGGGUCUCUUAUGUAUCACCAUGGUUAUGGCUAUGCACCAUAUGGCCCCUAUUCGCCAGCAGGUUCCCCUGUUCCAACUUUGGGUAAUGAUGGUCAGUUAUAUGGGCCUCAGCACUACCAAUAUCCAUUUUUCCAGCCGCUGACACCAACCAAUGGGCCAUUCACACAUAGUCCUGCUGCCUCUCAAACUGACGUUUCUGUAUCUGUAGCUGCUGAUCAAAAGCCACUACCUGUGGAUGCCACUAAUGGGAAUUCUAAUGGCGUUACAAAUGGUGGCAGUGUCAAGGGAAAUAAUGCUUCUGCUCCCUUAAAGCCCAAUUAUCAGAAUUCGUUUGUUUCUAAUGGUUCAUAUGGAACUGGUGCUCUGCCAGGGCGUGGUCCUGCUUCCAACUAUCAGGAUGGAAGAUACAAUUUUGAUAUGACGAGGUCUCCCUUCCAAUGGUUGGAUGGCCCACUGCUCUCUGAUGGGCAGUCUAGGCCUGUGACUAGCACAGCGAUCUCUAAUUCAAUUUCAAAUGGCAAUAACCUUCCAUCUUCAAGGAAUCAGAACUUUCGUCCAAAUACUAAUUACAUGGGUCUGCACCAUCCAAGACCAAUGCCUGGUAUGAGUACAGCUCCUGGGUUUAUGGGUAGGGCGUACCCACCGAACAAGUUAUAUGGUCAGUAUGGGAAUGCUGUUAGAUCUGGCAUGGGCUUUGGAUCUCAUGGAUAUGAUUCAAGAGCAAAUGGGCGCCCAUGGUUGGUGUUUGAUAGUAAGCAUAAACCAAGAGGACGAAUUGGCUAUGGUAAUGAGAACUCAGACGGUCUGAAUGAGUUGAACAAAGGACCUAGAUUUAAGAGCUCCAAAACCAAGAGUUUUGCACCCAGCGUCUUGGCAGCAAAGGGGCAGAAUGAGACAAUAAAUGCAACUAUUGAUGAGGAGAAGGAUAAGAUUUGCAUACUUCCAGACCGUGAACAAUACAACAAAGCAGAUUUCCCAGAGGAUUAUACUGAUGCCAAACUUUUUGUUAUAAAAUCAUAUAGUGAGGAUGAUGUCCAUAAGAGCAUCAAGUAUAAUGUUUGGGCCAGCACACAAAAUGGCAACAAGAAGCUUCAUGCAGCAUACCAGGAGGCUCAGGAGAAAUCUGGUGGCUGCCCCGUUUUUCUUUUCUUCUCGGUCAAUACCAGUGGACAGUUUGUUGGCCUUGCGGAGAUGGUGGGACCCGUUGACUUUGAGAAGAGUUUGGAGUACUGGCAACAAGACAAGUGGAACGGCUGCUUUCCUGUUAAGUGGCACAUUGUAAAGGAUGUGCCUAACAGUUUGUUGAAGCACAUUACCCUUGAGAACAAUGAGAAUAAACCUGUCACUAACAGUAGGGACACUCAGGAGGUCAAGUUAGAGCCAGGGCUUAAAAUGAUUAAAGUAUUCAAGGAGCAUUCCAGCAAAACAUGUAUUUUGGAUGAUUUUGGGUUUUAUGAGACUCGCCAGAAGACAAUUCAGGAAAAGAAGGCUAAGCAACUGCAUUUUCCAAAACAGGUCUGGGAAGGAAAGCAUGCUGAUGAGAAGAAAGAAAGGGCCAAUGGUGAACUGAAAACCGAGAACUCGUUGGAGGUUGCCUCAGAAUUGAUCAAGGAGCCUAUGCCUAUCCCUUCUGCACAGACAAAAGAGGAAGUGAAACUUUUGGAGAAUGGUUCGGUUGCAGAAAAAGAUGUGCCUAAGGGUGCUACUGCAAAGCCAGUUAUAGUAGCAGAGAAGAGGAUCAUAGCAAAUGGUGUUGCAAAUGGUUGCUAAGCCUCUGCCUUGCACAUCGGCGGUCCAUGUGCACUGGAGUUUAUCACAAGGAAUUCGCCAGAAGAUAUUGGUUUUUAAUAUGAUACAGAAGUAGCUACUGGCUAAUUCUCCAUAUUUAUUGGGCUGCCGUGUUGGAUGUCUUGCUCCUGCUGCAUAAAAAGAGUCUUUUGUUGAGCGAUAGAAUGUCAUCUUUACAUUUUUCAAGCAUGGUGAAGCCAGGCUGGGUUUAUCUGAAGAAUCAAAAGUGUCUACCUGGGCUUCCUCUGGAUCUGUUUUAAAGUGGUUAGGCUCCUAACAGGUUUUGAUUCCCUAGGAUUUUGGGUUUAGGGUUUCUGUUUCUGUUUCAGUGGCUUUUAUAUUCUUAUCAUGGUGUUUUCUUUUCUUCCUUUUUUAUUUUUGUUUUGUUUUCCUUUCUCUUUUUGGUUAUUUCCUGUCUUGUAAAUCUAGAUCUACUUUGUUGCGGAGCGACUUUGCUUUUGUAAUUUGUAAGAGAGCUAGAAGAAGCAAGGUGGGAAAAUAUUGCUGCAAUAUAGUCAAGAGUUUUAGAAGAUUUGUGUUUUCCUUA